GGAUACCUACAUAUGGAGUGUACUGAUAGCUGAUAUAAAUUCACAAAUCGGUACAUUUCGACAAAUCAAAGACCAGGGAAUCUUUCUUGGCCCAGCUACAAUCUUCGCGUCUCCCUCUUCAUGAACUUUGACUUUGCCCAAAUAAUGAUUCUUUGCAUGUAGAGUGGUGACAACAAAUACCAUCUAGCAGCUAUUGAGUGAGUACUGGUGUACUAGCUGCGAAGGACCGUGCCAUCCACCACCCGACCCUAGUUACUUUCCUGUCGCCGAUUCAAUCUUUGUCACCUUCCCCAACUUCAACCCUUCUUCCCGUUACCCCAAAACAACAACAGCUAGCUUUUUACCAAUCCUCUCACAAAGAUGUCUGCACAAACCGGUUCUGCGGCCGCCAUCGGCGAUAAAGGCAAAGGCAAGAGUGCUGCUGAGCCCCAAGAUGUCACCAUGGGUGAGGGCGGCGAUGAUAGCUCCAGCGAGGAGGAAGUUGAUGAUGAUGCCCCACCGCCAGCUGAAGAGGUCGAGGAGGAAGCUUCAGACAACGAAAUCGACAAAUCGAAUAUCAUUCAAGGUCGUCGCACUCGUGGCAAGCAAAUCGACUUUGCUGCCGCUGCCAAAGAUCUUCCAGCCGACGAUGAUGAGGAUGAGGAUGAUGACUUUCAAUCUGAGGGCGAGGAAGAUGAUGAGAUGGGCGGAAACUAAGGGAGAAUGACGAUUGCAUUUUUGGUAGAUUGGAGGAAUUCGAUUCACUCGAUAAUCACUCAUUUUCGCCGAAUUUCAAGACCUUUUCCAUCAUCGCAUUCACGCUCGUACUUAAUGAUACCACAUCUUUCCGUUUCUUCACCAAAAUUUCACGACGCUAGGCAUAUGAUUUGAACGAUUGAUAUGGGACAUCAAGGGAACUGGGGGGAGGGGUUGGAGGGAAGAUGUUUUUCAGCACAAGCAUGUGUGUACUUCUAGAUACCAAACAAAAGGGGCGUCCAUUGCACAUUGCAUCCAGUUCAAAUCUCCAAAACCACGAAAUUUGCCCA